UGGCCCGGCCCGGGACAGCAUGGCUUCUCCUCCCGGGGCCCCGGCGCCGCAGCCGGAGCUGCCCGAGCGGAACUGUGGGUACCGCGAGGUCCAGUACUGGGACCAGCGCUACCGAGGCGCUGCCGACUCCGCCCCGUACGAGUGGUUCGGGGACUUCUCCUCCUUCCGUGCCCUCCUAGAGCCGGAGCUGCGGCCGGAGGACCGGAUCCUCGUGCUAGGUUGCGGGAACAGUGCCCUGAGCUACGAACUGUUCCUUGGAGGCUUCCCUGAUGUGACCAGCGUGGACUACUCAUCAGUUGUGGUGGCUGCCAUGCAAGCUCGCUAUGCCCAUGUGCCCAAACUGCGCUGGGAGACCAUGGAUGUGCGGGCGCUGCGCUUCCCCAGUGCCUCCUUUGACGUGGUGCUUGAGAAGGGCACGCUGGAUGCCCUGCUGGCUGGAGAACGGGAUCCCUGGACCAUAUCCUCUGAAGGUGUCCAAACCGUGGACCAGGUGCUGAGUGAGAUGGUGGAGUACAAGCGGGCCACGCUUCGGGAUGAAGACGCACCCGAGACCCCCGUAGAGGGCGGGGCCUCCCCGGACGCCGUGGAGGUGGGAUUCCGCAAGGCGACGCGACAACUCCUGGGCUCGCGCACGCCGCUGGAGCUGUCGCUGGCCGGGGUCUCUCUACUGCUGGCGGCGCUGCUUGUGGGCUGCCUGGUGGCGCUGGGGGUCCAGUACCACAGAGACCCAUCCCACAGCACCUGUCUCACCGAGGCCUGCAUCCGAGUGGCUGGGAAAAUCCUGGAGUCCCUGGACCGCAGGGUGAGCCCCUGCGACGACUUUUACCAGUUCUCCUGCGGAGGCUGGAUUCGGAGGAACCCCCUGCCCGAUGGGCGUUCUCGCUGGAACACCUUCAACAGCCUCUGGGACCAGAACCAGGCCAUACUGAAGCACCUGCUGGAAAACAGCACCUUCAACUCCAGCAGCGAAGCCGAGCGGAAGACACAGCGCUUCUACCUGUCCUGCCUGCAGGUGGAGCGCAUCGAGGAGCUGGGAGCCCAGCCCCUGCGAGACCUCAUUGACAAGAUCGGUGGCUGGAACAUCACGGGGCCCUGGGACCAGGAUAACUUCAUGGAGGUGCUGAAGGCAGUAGCGGGGACCUACAGGGCCACCCCAUUCUUCACCGUCUACAUCAGUGCCGACUCUAAGAGUUCCAACAGCAAUGUCAUCCAGGUGGACCAGUCCGGGCUCUUUCUGCCCUCUCGCGAUUACUACUUAAACAGAACCGCCAACGAGAAAGUGCUCACUGCCUACCUGGACUACAUGGAGGAGCUGGGGCUGCUGCUGGGCGGAGGGCCAAGCUCCACGCGGGAGCAGAUGCAGCAGGUGCUGGAGCUCGAGAUCCAACUGGCCAACAUCACUGUGCCCCAGGACCAGCGCCGCGAUGAGGAGAAGAUCUAUCACAAGAUGAGCAUCUCGGAGCUGCAGGCUCUGGCACCCUCCAUGGACUGGCUGGAGUUCCUGUCGUUCUUGCUGUCACCGUUGGAGCUGGGGGACUCGGAGCCUGUGGUGGUAUAUGGGACUGACUAUUUGCAGCAGGUGUCAGAGCUCAUCAACCGCACACAGCCAAGUGUGCUGAACAACUACCUGAUCUGGAACCUGGUGCAGAAGACAACCUCCAGCCUCGACCGACGCUUUGAGUCUGCCCAGGAGAAGUUGCUGGAGACCCUCUAUGGCACCAAGAAGUCCUGCCUGCCGAGGUGGCAGACCUGCAUCUCCAACACAGACGACGCCCUUGGCUUUGCUCUGGGCUCCCUCUUUGUGAAGGCCACGUUUGACCGGCAAAGCAAGGAAAUUGCAGAAGGGAUGAUCAGCGAAAUCCGGACUGCCUUUGAGGAGGCCCUGGAACAGCUGGUUUGGAUGGAUGAGAAGACCCGCCAGGCAGCCAAGGAGAAAGCAGAUGCCAUCUAUGAUAUGAUCGGCUUCCCAGACUUCAUCCUGGAGCCCAAAGAGCUGGAUGAUGUUUACGAUGGGUACGAAGUCUCUGAAGAUUCCUUCUUCCAAAACAUGUUGAAUUUGUACAACUUUUCCGCUAAGGUGAUGGCUGACCAGCUGCGCAAGCCUCCUAGUCGAGACCAGUGGAGCAUGACGCCCCAGACGGUGAACGCCUACUACCUGCCAACCAAGAACGAAAUUGUCUUCCCUGCUGGCAUCCUGCAGGCCCCCUUCUAUGCCCGCAACCAUCCCAAGGCCCUGAACUUUGGUGGCAUUGGUGUGGUCAUGGGCCACGAAUUGACACAUGCCUUUGAUGACCAAGGGCGCGAAUAUGACAAGGAAGGGAACCUGCGGCCCUGGUGGCAGAACGCGUCACUGGCGGCCUUUCGGAACCACACAGCCUGCAUGGAGGAGCAGUACAACCAGUACCAGAUCAACGGCGAGAGGCUCAACGGCCGCCAGACACUGGGAGAGAACAUCGCCGACAACGGGGGGCUGAAGGCCGCCUACAAUGCUUACAAAGCGUGGCUGAGAAAGCACGGUGAGGAGCAGCAGCUGCCGGCCGUGGGCCUCAACAACCACCAGCUCUUCUUUGUGGGAUUCGCCCAGGUGUGGUGCUCGGUCCGCACACCAGAGAGCUCUCACGAGGGGCUGGUGACCGACCCCCACAGCCCUGCCCGCUUCCGCGUGCUGGGCACCCUCUCCAACUCCCGUGACUUCCUGCGGCACUUCGGCUGCCCUGUGGGCUCCCCCAUGAACCCAGGGCAGCUGUGUGAGGUGUGGUAG